GCGUCAAAUGCAACCAAUAACGCUAAUUAAAAAUGUGUUGUUAUCGUUAAUGGCUGUCACCCCACCCACCCCUAAAUUUCCUAAUUUGAAUAAAACUUAAGAUGACAUUUUUCAGAACCACUCUCUUGCAUCAAAAUCUGUUAACAUACUGAAUCAGCAAUGGAAAGGUUGCGGCAUGGUAGGUGAUCACACACAUUUUGGGACCUCUGUAUUGUCAUGACCUGCUGGGUACUAGAGAUGAAAAUUAUAGCUUUCUGGCUAAAUCUGACAUUUUCACUACAACGUUAACUAAUAUGCUCUGUCCCUUUUAAAUAAAUAGAUAACAUUCAUAAACGCUAUUUGUUCAAUCAUAGGGCUGAAGUUUAGGUUAUUGCAGAGUUUGUCAUUCUUAUCACUGACUACAGGGAUACCAUUAACUUUGGAUAGUUCACAUAGCCUAAUAAACAGAUUAGUUCAAGUUCAUUCUUAAGCCUGAGACAGUAGAAAAUUCCUCAACACAUCUAGUUGCUUUGAUCCUUUCCUCUCUCAAAAAAAAAGUUUCAUUCAAUGUAUCAAUUGCUAGUUGAGAUUUAAUUAAAAUGGUCACUAUACUUUGGAACCAUAGACUGUAUAAAAACUUGAAACUGUACCUUUUUUGUACAGCCACAAUUUGUGUGACAACAAAAAGGGGCCUUCCCCCACAGACUGUGACCACUGAAUUGGCUACAACCAUAGAGACUACGACCCCUGCUGGGUUUCUCGAUUUUUUGGGGAGGGACGUCUGGUCACCCUACUAUGCAGUUUAUAAUUUAAUUUAUAAAGCUUCAAACUGUUUAAGCAUGUUUGGAUGACAAUGACAAUCUAUGACACUCCGACACAUAUUUGUGUUGUGGAGAUGACAUAACUGUGGUUGUGAUUUGGCGCUCUAUAAAUAAAAUUGAAUUGAAUUUGUAGCACCGUCCAUCUUGUUUCCAAAUUCCACUUAAAAGCACUUGAACAAAUUCGGGAAAUGGGACGAUCCGAGGUGACUGCAGCAUUUCGCUACAAGGUACAACAAACCUGUUCAUGUAAAAAUAUUUCGAAGCGGCAGCUUUUCUUAAAUGUUGCUAAUAGUUAUAUUAUUCAAAGCUUCAUAUUUAACCUCCUUUUAGUGCCAGGCAGGGCGGAAUAACCCGGAAAGGACCGACAUUCUACGAAGGCUCGGGACACUGGUAUCCAAGCAACCAGUGUGUUUCUCAGCAGUUUCCGUUUAACGCCACACUUACGGUAAUGUAACAACUUUUCUGUCAAAAUGUAUAAUGUGGAAUUACUCUCAGACCGCAUUGCUAGGACAAGUCUACAGAGGCGUCGCAACAAAGAGGCUGAAAGACAAGAAAGGAUUUUUAAUGACAAAGUGAGGACGAUUGGGGUUGACAAGGAAGCACUGGACAUGCAAGUGAAGGAAAAGAAGGAACGAGAAGCGGCAGAAAAAGACAAACAAAACGCACAAGAUGCUGAUGUGCUCCACAAUAGCAAAGUAGCUUGCCUUCUGCAUAGCAGACAAGUGAAGGAGAAGCAUGCAAUGGAAAAGGCCAUUGUCAGCUACAGGCAUCAGUGCCAGCCGCCUUGGAGCCAGCGGGAAUUUGACCUGAAUGACCCAGACCGCUGUAGGAAAACAGACCUAGGUGAUGCAGAGAUGAUGCUCCCUGGCCUGGUGGGCGAGGACCCGGACAGUAAAAGCAGAAAGCAGAGACAGAGGGAGCAGCUCAGAGAGUGGCUCCUCCAGCAGCAGAGUGAGCAAGCAGCAGAAAGGCAUCAGCGAAAAGUGGAAGAGCAGCGCUAUGACCAAAGCAGAGUGGAAAUGGACAACAAAGCUCUGCAGCUUCAGAGCCUUGACACAGAGAAGAGAAAAGCAGCAGUUAUUGCCACUAAAGAGUACAAUCUGGCCAAGAUUGAAACAAAGCGGCGCCACUGCCAGGUAGAGGAACGUAAUGACGAGGGUAAUCGAGAAGAUACCAUGAAUCACCUCCUGACAGGUGUAGAUGCUGAACCCACCCUGAGCGUGGUGGGGGUGCCUGGUCUUUGUCCCAGCAGUGAUAUGAGAGCCCCUCCAGAAAGCCAGCAGCAGAUCAUUCAGUUCCAGAAAUAUCAAAUAGAGGAGAAAAAGAAGAUGGAAUUAGAGAAAAAGCAAGAAGAGCAGCAACACGAUCGCAUCCGCUUGGACUCGGCUCGCACAGCUCUGUUAAUGGAGAGGCAGCAGGCGAGACUGAACAAGCAGCUGAGACGACACCUGGACAGCACCAACGUCAAACUAGCCGAAACACACAAACAACAGAAACCAGACAUUGAAAGAGGGUGCAUUGACGACAGCUUCUUCUCCAAAUUCAACACCUGCAGCAGAUGAUGGACGACGCGCUGCGCUGAUGACUGGCACCUUCCAGUGGCUAUGCACUGGUAUUGGUGCUACAUGAGAAGAACACUUGAUAAACUCAACCACACAGUGAAUCAGCACUUGUCCUUUAAUGUAGUACACAACAUUUACAUGUCUGGAUGACGCUGACAAUUGUUCAUAUGAAUCUUGGCUAUUGCUUAAAAGGCAGAAAUUACAUACUUUCUUUUGUUUCUUAUUUUUCAUAGAUCACAAUGCCUAAAUGAGCAAAGGUUAACUCUGCCUUCUUACAUAUUUAUGACAACAAAACAUCUGAAAAAUUACUUUCAAGUAAGGACUAUAAAGCGGUCUACUACGGCCUUCUUCCAUUUUAACUAACUACCUGUAACACUCUUACAAAGCACAAACACACUACAAAGAGAAAUUGAACAACUAUGUCUGGAACUGUUACUUACUCCAAAACACUGGUAAACCUGAAUCUUAAAGUGCAAAUACAUACAAAAUCCUUAAUAAAACUAGAAAUUACAAUGUG